AUGUUAUCUCUGAGCUGGGGCAUGAGGCUGGUAGAAACACCAGCGAUCCCCAGGGCCCCACUCUUGCUGGUUGCACUUUGGGUGUUGGUCCUGGCUCCCAGCCAGUGUUUUCAAGGCCCUCCCACCUGGCGUUACAUCUCAUCGGAGGUGGUCAUUCCUCGGAAGCAGAUCUACCAUGGUAAGGGAUUUCAAGCACCAGGACGGCUCUCCUACAGCUUGCGUUUUAGGGGCCAGAGACAUAUCAUCCACCUGCGAAGAAAGACACUUAUUUGGCCCAGACACUUGCUGCUGACAACUCAAGAUGACCAAGGAGCUUUACAGAUGGAUUACCCUUAUUUUCCUGUAGAUUGUUACUAUAUUGGCUACCUGGAGGGGAUCCCUCAAUCGAUGGUCACUUUGGAUACUUGCUAUGGGGGCCUGGAUGGGGUCAUGAUGUUGGAUGACCUUGCCUAUGAAAUCAAACCCCUCAAUGAUUCACACAGGUUUGAGCACCUUAUUUCACAGAUAGUAGCUGAUUCUGCUGCAGUGGGAUCUAUGAACCAAUGGAAGCACUUGGACCAGAGCACAGGCCCCUCUUUAUCUAGACCAAAUUCCAAUGUGGCUCCCAGAAUGUCUAGUAGAGACUACGCUUCACAUCCAGCUGCUAUUAAAGGUCAUAUGUUAGCAACCUACCAGGUACAUUUUGUAACCAAAAAUGUUACAAGGACUACCCAUUAUUUGUUUUCACUAGCCAGUUUAAUGGACAGCUAUCUAAAGAACAUUCAUUUGCGGUACUAUGUUUUUCUCUUUACUGUGUUUAACUACAAGGAUCCAGUUGAGAGCAUUGGAAAGUUCUCAAUAGGAUGUGGUGCGUUUUACAAACACUAUCUGGACAAUUUUUAUAUGACGUUUAGGCCUGAUGAUGCAAACAUCAUUAAUCAAUUUGGGCCAUCUGACGAAAAUGGAGCUCCAGCAAUGCGUUCUGUAUGUACUCCAAAAGGUUUAAGCUGUAUUGGUAAAAAUGAUCGAUACUAUGUAUUUGUGUCUGUUGUGUUAAGCAAUCGUGUUGGGAGGAAACUGGGUCUCAAUUUUGAUAAUGAGACUUACUGUUAUUGUCAGAGAAGGGCCACCUGCAUUAUGUUCAAGAGUCCUCUGCUAACUGAUACUUUCAGCAAUUGUUCCCUUGCAGAGCUAAACCAAAUACUCAGUACCCCCGGUGAGAUGCCUUGCCUUUUCUAUGACUAUCAUACUUAUUAUAAUAGAACAAUAUCCUAUGAUUUUUGUGGAAACUACGAAAUAGAUAAAGGUGAGCAAUGUGACUGUGGCUCAUUUAAAGAAUGUUAUGCAAAUUCCUGCUGUAAGCCAAACUGCAGAUUCACACCAGGUAGCAUUUGUGAUAAAGAAUCAUGCUGUGUAAACUGCACAUACAGUCCUUCUGGGACACUUUGCAGAAGUAUCCAGAACAUAUGUGAUCUUCCCGAGUACUGUAAUGGGAGUAUACUCACUUGCCCAACAGACUUUUAUCUGCAAGAUGGAACACCAUGCUCAGAAGAGGGGUAUUGCUAUAAAGGAAACUGCACCGAUCGCAAUAUACAUUGCAAGGAAGUCUUUGGUGUAAGUGCCCGCGCAGGAAGUAAAAGGUGCUAUGACAUCAAUAAGGAAAGCCAUAGAUUUGGACAUUGUUGGAGAAGACAAGAAAGCCUCGUAUUCACAGCUUGUGCCGAUAAGGAUAAGAUGUGCGGAAGGUUGCAGUGUACGAAUGUCACCUUCCUUCCACACUUGCAGGAACACGUUUCAUUCCAUCAGUCAGUUAUUUCUGGGUUUUCCUGUUUUGGGCUCGAUGAGCAUCGAGCAACAGAAUCAACAGAUGUUGGACGUGUGAGAUAUGGUACUCCCUGUUCCCAAACUAAUUUCUGUGAUCGAGGGUCUUGCAAUGGAUCUUUAGGUAAACUGGAUUACGACUGCACCCCAGAAAAGUGCAAUUUCAGAGGAGUGUGCAAUAACCAUCGGAACUGCCAUUGUCAUGUGGGUUGGGACCCUCCAAACUGCAUAGGAGAUGGACCUGGAGGGAGUGUAGACAGUGGACCCCUUCCACUUAAAAUGCGCACGAUAAGACAGAGCCAAGAACCAGUGGUAUAUUUAAGAAUAAUCUUUGGUCGUAUUUAUGUCUUCAUAGGCUCACUCCUCUUUGGGGUGGCCUUUCGUGUAGCAAUGAUUAAGAUUAUCAAGUAUGAAGACUUGCAAGCUACUUUAUUUCGUGGGCGUGGACAUGGGCAUACUCCUGGACCCAGUAUGCCAAAGUAA